UCAUUUGUAGUAUUAAUUUAAUUGUUCUCAGGUUCUCUAUAGAGAAUAGAGGUAGAUACUAGAUUGUAGUACUGCAGUUCUAUCCUACUACAACUGUAGUGACUAUAAAUAGUAUAAAUGAUUAUAUUAUAUUAAUAGUAGUAUUAAUGUAUUAUUAUAGUCAUGAUAUGAAUGCAUUACAUAAUACAGUAGCGCCAGUAUCAACACACAAUACACAUUAGUAAUGUAUAAUAAUAAUAAUAAUGUAAUCAUUAAUCAGCUUUAAAAACAUAUGUAUUACAGUAUAAUAUACUUUGAUAUCUACUGUAAAUAAAAAAUAUUUUAAUUAAUUUAUUGGUUUAUAGUUUUAUACUAAUAAUUAUUAAAAUAUAAUUAUUGUUGACAUUGUUUGUUGAUAUUUUAUUGUUUACUAUUGAAGAACAUUUUUUUAUUCAAUACCUAGCUGUAAAUUAUACUUGUAAGACGUAAUAAAGUUUAUUAAAGUAUUAUAAUAAUGAUAUAAACAUGCCAAAAUCUCAAGAAGAAAUUGUUCGUUUAUUUUUUAACUAUUUAUCAAAAUCUAAUUAUGAUGAAGCUAAAGAGUUUAUGGUAAUUUAAUAUUAGCCAUUAGGAGAAACAGCGUUUAGUAUUUUUAAACAAUACUUGGCCCAAGGCAAUGUUUGAUAUUCUAUGUGAUUUUGCUUUGGCCGAAAAGAAUUAUUAUGAUACCAAUUUUGAGCCAUCAAAAAAUAAAAUGCUUGAGCGAAAAGAAGAUGAGAACUACCUGGACUUUGUGUACAAGACUUUGUAUCAAGACCUUGAAAAACUUCAGACUGAGGUUGAUGAUAACUAUGUUAUAAAACUUAUGACUACACUUCUACAGUUUAUAUCCGUUAGACUCCAACUUCUUGAACUAUAUGAUAAGUUGUAUGAAAUUGGAUCAUUAAAUAGUUGGAUUAAUUUUAGUGAGCUAUCUGAAACUGUUGAAAAUAUUCAGAAUGAUCUUAGUAAUUUUUCACCUGUUGAUCAAGUAUUAAGAAUUGUACGUUAUGAACUGGAUUGUAUUCAACAUUUAUUCAAGUGUCAUGAGCAUUUAGGGGAAUGGUCAUAUUUUGAUUCGUUGAUUAGCUUAAAGGAAAGUAGCGAUGCAUUUAUCUUGUGGGAAAAAUGUUAUCAAAACAAAGAGGCCUGGAGAUUUGGCUCGUUGUUUAUGAGCAAAAGCACUUUACCUCCAUUGCUUUUAUGGUUCAAAAGAUUCAAACACAUGACAAUUUCUAAAUUUAUGUUAUAUUUUUACGGAAUACUUGUACGACAAUCAUCGUUGCGUGAAGUUAAGAAUACGAGUGAAACCAAAAAUUUACAUUUUUUUACAAAGAUGCAACAAUUAAAGCAGAAGGCAGAGGCUUUAUCUGCGAUGUUAGUGUUUGAAUCACCUGAUUAUGUUACUGAUGAUGACUCUUCUAAUGGAAGUCAAUCUAUUGUUAAAAUGGAUCCAUUUAUUAAGUAUAAAAUUAUAAUAAGUUAUCCAAAGGUUCCAGUUAAAUUUGAUGUGGUAGAAAAGAUGAAAAUUAAUGAAGAAGAACACUCAGUAAAUAAAAUUGAAAUAAUUACAGAUGAAAAUGUUACUUAUAUGAUAAUGAGAGUAGACUUGAAAAUACUUUUUAUUAUGUGUUUUAAUGGUAAGCCUAAAAAUGAAGAAAGGGAGAAAGCAAGCACAUUAGAAUUUGUUUCAAUGCUUCGAUGUCAUAAAUAUUUCACUUCUGUUAAUAGAUAGAUACAAAUCUUUACAAAGAUUAUUUUUACUUUUAAUUUCUUAUUACUUUAUAAUUUAUUAAUAUUUAAGGUUUGAUGUUUAUUUACUUAACUAUUAAAGCAUUUGAAUACAGAUUUUAUUUUGCCA